AUGGGUUUAGGAGCAUUCUUCAAGUCGCAGGUGCGGGGGUCGAAGCUGUUGUUCAAUUUUCUGUUUCAUGGCUUUCAUAUUGGCAUGUUUGCGUUGGGAUGGAUAAAGCAGAUGAAUGACCCGAAAUUGGCGGGUCUCAAUACAUUAACGUUCUCGGUCUGGUUAUCACGAGGAGCAGGUCUGGUCUUGUCCAUAGAUGGCGCUAUCAUUCUGUUACCGAUGUGCCGCAAUUUGCUCAAAUAUAUCCGCCCAAAGAUCAAGUUUAUUCCUCUGGACGAGUCUCAAUGGUUCCAUCGACAAGUUGCCUACUCGAUGGCAUUCUGGACAUCUGUUCACGUUCUUGCUCAUUAUGUCAAUUUCUUCAACGUUGAGCGAACUCAGAUCCGACCUCUCACUGCUGUCCAGAUUCAUUACGCCGAUGCUGGUGGAAUUACUGGACACAUCAUGCUCUUAUGUAUGGUCUUGAUGUACACGACCGCCCACGCUAAGAUUCGCCAACAAUCCUUCGAAACAUUUUGGUACACUCACCACCUGUUCAUUCCGUUUAUGCUCGGUCUUUACACUCACGCCACUGGCUGCUUCGUUCGUGAUACCACCGUGCCUUUCUCGCCAUUCGAUGAGACCAACUUCUGGAAGCAUUGCAUUGGAUACCAAGGAUGGAGAUGGGAACUCUGGGGAGGUGGUCUCUACUUCCUCGAGCGAGUCUAUCGUGAGAUCAGAUCCCGAAGAGAAACCAAGAUUGUCCGUGUCGUUCGUCAUCCAUAUGAUGCUAUGGAGAUCCAGUUCAAGAAGCCUUCCAUGAAGUACAAGGCCGGCCAAUGGUUGUUCCUUAACGUUCCCUCCGUUUCCCGCGAACAAUGGCAUCCUUUUACCAUUACUUCCUGCCCAUACGAUGAAUACAUUUCCGUCCACGUUCGUCAAGUAGGAGACUUCACUCGUGCAUUGGGUGAUGCUCUAGGAGCUGGAGCAGCUCAAUCCAAACUCUACGACGGCGAGCCAGGUGCCAUGUACGAAGUCGCUCUACAAAACGGUCAACAAAUGCCUGCCCUUCGUAUCGAUGGUCCAUAUGGAGCCCCAGCUGAAGAUGUCUUCAACAACGAAAUCGCCGUCCUCAUUGGAACAGGUAUUGGAGUCACCCCAUGGGCUGCUAUCCUCAAGAACAUCUGGCAUAUGCGCAACGGACCAAACCCACCAACCCGUCUCCGUCGUGUCGAAUUCAUCUGGGUCUGCAAAGACACCACCUCCUUCGAAUGGUUCCAAGUCCUUCUCUCUUCUCUCGAGGCCCAAUCUCAGGAAGCCGCAUCCCGACCAGGAUCCUCCGGCAAUGAGUUCUUGAAGAUCCACACCUACCUCACCCAGAAGCUCAACGAAGAUGAUACCAACAACAUCAUCCUCAACUCCGUCGGUUCAAAUGUCGAUCCCCUAACUGAGCUCAAAUCAAGAACCAACUUUGGUCGCCCAGAUUUCGGGAGACUGUUUGCAGGCAUGAGAGAUGGAAUCUUAGAUCGUACAUACUUGAACGGUCUAGAAGGAGAUAUGAGAACAAACGUCGGUGUUUACUUCUGUGGACCCAACGUAGCAGCCCGAGAAAUCAAGAAAGCCUGCAAGAAAGCCACAGUCCGCGAAGUCAACUUCUCGUUCUGGAAAGAGCAUUUCUAA